AUGAACAUAUCAAACCUGAAGAUAUCGAACGGUGGAUUGAAACUGCAGUUUCUCGCUGUGUACAUGAGCUGGAAAUUCACUAUAAUGCGGAGUAUCAAAACAUAUUUCCGAGCUGCUUUUACACGUGAAUCGCUCGUGAUCUUGAAACUCAAGUACGUGACUCUCAUGGAUGUUCCAACUAUGGUUUGUCUUCCUUGUCUGAAAACAUUGCAACUUGAAAGUGUGACAUACGUAUAUAAUGAAUCUCUUCAACGGCUUCUAUCUAUAUGUCCUGUUCUUGAAGAACUGUCGGUGCAUUUUGGUAAUGAGGCCACUGUGCCAGUGUUCAGUAUUAUUGUUCCGUCUUUGCAGAUAUUAUCACUCUUUAUAGCAGCUGAUAUUUGGCAUUUGAUAAGGUAUGAGAUAGACACUCCUUCUUUGAAGUAUUUCAAACUUGAGGAUGGGAUUGAUUCAGAGAGCUACUGUGAGAUUAAGAAUAUGCCUAACCUGAGGGAAGCAUAUGUUGAUGCUGGAUCAAUCACAUCUUUCAAGUGUGUUGUUGGACCUAUCACAUCUACCAAGCGUCUUACUAUAUGUUUAGAGGAUAAUGUUUAUGGUGAUGGUUUUGUACUCAACGAGCUUGAACAUCUUAAGAUAUGUGUGUGCCAAAAGAAUUCUUUGAAUCUCCUUGCCCAGUUGCUCAGAGAUUCUCCUAACUUACGAGUGUUAGAAAUCUUGUACAUGGAAGGUCAUGAGGAUAAUGAGUGUGAUAAUCUGGAUCCUUGGAAUCAACCGAGCCAUGUUCCUGAAUGCUUGUUGUCGAGUCUACAAUUUUUCAAAUGGUCACAAUACUCUGGGAGACCACAGGAGAGAGACAUUGCGGUUUACAUGUUGAAAAACGCUUGUCGCUUAGAGAAGGUAACAAUCUUGGCUGAUACAAGGGAACUUUAUGUUUCAAACCUUUGCAUGAUCAAGGAGUUGACACUUUCUUCCCGAGCUUCAAGCACAUGCGAGCUUGUGUUCGCUGAGUGGCAUCAUGUUGUGUCAGAUGAGUAG